UUUGAUUUCUUCGUCGUUGAUAGUUGAUACUUGAUACACACUCCCGUUGCCGUCGUCGUUACUGGAGAGUAUAGCCGUAGGACAGUUGGUGCGAAAUUUUCGGCGUUUUCAUAAUAAAUAUUUCCUCUCCGUAACGUCUACGCUGUGUCGUGGUACGUCAAUUUUCGUCGUGUGAACGUUCCGAUGGUUCGACCAUCGCAACGACGCGUAUCGUGCGGUUGAAUAAAAUGCAGCGGGCCACCGUGCGACCGUCGUUGCGACCGCUGUAGUGGACAUAGAGUUUCGCGACCCCAUUGACGGUGGCGGUGGUGCUCAACAAAAUAUCCGUAGCUACAGAUGGUGCGACGACGAUAAGAUCACAGGGUGAAGAUGGCUGAAGAUGUUUCGGAAAACAGAGAAUGGUCACCUUCGACGCCGGGCCAAAACCGUGGAGAACAUAGAGCUGGUGGUCCCAGAUCACUAUUUAUACGCCGGUCAGAAAAUGGAUUCGGUUUCACGUUGCGCCACUUCAUCGUUUAUCCACCCGAAUCGUAUCUGGUGUUGGCCGGAGACGAACGAUUGGGCUUGCGGCAAGGCGCUGGCGCCUAUUCUGACGAACCGAUGGACACAAUAUUUGUGAAACACGUCAGGGAAUUCGGUCCGGCUAGCGUAGCGGGUCUCAGUACUGGCGACCGCAUAAUCAGCGUCAACGGUGAAACGGUGGCCGGUAAGUCGUACGCACACGUCGUGCAGGUCAUCCAGCAAACGCAAUGCCAUCUCUAUUUGCUCGUGGUGCCCAUGGAAAAUGACAUUCUACAGUUGUAUUUCAGUGAGACAGCUCACAAUCCCGAAACGAACCAGAGGCCUGGCCGCCUGAAAGCGGCUAUGACAUCUGGUAGUGAAUUGCGUUUCCAUCACCGUGGUCGCGAUUCCAGUCCCAUCUACCAGACCAUCUGGGAUCACCCCCAACACCGUAGCGCUGUUAGUGGCAUUGGCAGUGCCAGUGUCAGUGGUACGAAACCGACGUCGGCCGCAGCUAGAUUCGUGUCACCCCACCGCACGCCAGGCGUCCGGCGGUCGUCCGUCACCGAUACGAACGGCAGUGGUGGCGGCUACCCUCACCAUCGGAACAAGCCGGCAGCGGCACAGUCCAACAAUCCGAACGCCCGACACAGCAUGGACAUAGGGGUGGCGUGCCGCGACGCACUGCAACUGCAAGUGGCGGCCGACAACUCGGCGGCCCAUUAUCGGCUCCAACGUCACCUGCAGUACGGUGGUGCGUCGCAGCCACCGCCGCCCGUCGACCCCGUCAUCAUGUCUCGGAUAAAAAAAAGCCUCGAACAGAAGGAAGAGUUCCUCCGCCGUCCCGUGGUCCAGCAACUGCAGCAGCAGCAACCAGCCAAGGAGUUCUAUGCCAGGCCACAAAAACUUUUGCCGCCCAUGUGGCCGCCCUCGCUCUCGUCGUCGUCGGUCAACCAGCCGCAACAAUUUCCGGAGUGCAGCUCUGCAGCGGUGGAAACGUCAUCUCCCGCUCAGCCGCCACCAGCCGCGUCCAAGCCUAAAGGCAAACAGUUUGUGAACACUUUGGGAAAAAUACACGAGGACGGCAGCGCUGGUAAGUCACCUGCGACGGCUGCUGAGACGGCCGACCACCAUCACCCGAAACAGACAGGCAUGCCGCAAGUGGUUUCCAUGAGGGCCAAACAGUUCGAGAGCGGAAAAAUCGACGACAAGACAGAUUUCUACAAGAGUGAGUUGGCCCGACUAACGUCUAAACACAAUGUUCCUAAUGUGGCUGUGAGAAAAAUGGAAUACGAACAAAAACUUUACACCGAUAAAAAACAAUCUGCCGCCGCGGAUCAUCAAGAGAUUACUGAUGAUUCGAUUACUAGCUACAGUAGUUCUUCUGAUAAGUCGAUCUCUUUCACUAGUCCCUCCGCUGGAUUUCAUUCUGGGAAUCUAAUCGUACCGAUUGGCAGCAGCAAAAUACACUGCGAUCCUCCCAAAGAAUAUGAACCACAAAAAGACGAGUCUAUUUCUAAAGAUGAAUCGUAUCGCUUCAAACCGGUGGUGCGUCAAGAUUCCUACCUGGCCGCAUGUAAAAAACCCACUAUUAUAGAGCGACGAAACCAGAAGCCGAUGGAAAACGGAGCGGAAAAGUCAAAAACCCGUCGGCGGAACGCGCGACCGACGCGCCUCGAGCUGCCCAAGGAUAGGCCUGUCGAUUUUGCCGCGCAGUCCACUGGCUCCAGCCAAGUGUCUUCAGACGAUACGGAAACUGUGGCCGCAGCCGCCGAGCUUCAAAAACCGUGUGAAAUGAUCACGUUGAGACCGACUAACUCGAGUUUUGAUAAUGAAGAAGAAAGGACCACCAGACGGAUAUCAUACCUGCAAGCGACGGCCUGGGGCGAUCGUAUGAGUGUCGACGACCUCACCACCACCGAAUCCGAAUCCGAGCCCACCUCGAUUGUCGUCGCCCCACAGAAAGUACAAAAAAAAUGGCGCGCACCGUUAUUUCCGGGUGACAUACAAAGGUUACGGCGACUUUUCGAAGAUGCCGCCGCAAGUUGUGACCGCGGCAGUAGCAUACUGGGAACGAAGAAAAAUGGCCCGCCGUUCCAGGACCUCGGCAACAGUCGCGUCGUCAAAGAAGGAUCGUUGCUGUGCAAAGUGAUACAGAUCGAUGGCAAGAAAGCAUGCGAUCGGUCGUGGAAACCGGUGUGGGCCGUUGUACGCGGACAGACGUUGUGUCUGUACAAAGAAAAACGAGAGUCUAUACCUAACAUUUCGACCGACACGCCCGCAACUCUUGAAAAGUCGGAUGACGUGAACGUGUCCUGCGAUCGUAUCAACCUUAGAACGUCCACUACGGACGUGGCUCACGACUACACCAAGAGGAAGCACGUGAUGCGACUUUGCUCCAGCGUCGCCGACAUGGGGUGCACUGAACUACUGCUUCAAGCCGACGACACUUCGUCCAUGGUGCGCUGGUUGAAAGCAUUGCAGGAACAAGCUCUCGAGGCACAGGCACCUCUGUCUGCAGAAGAAUGUUUGAGCAUCUCGCCUGGCAAUACUAAGGGCAUGCGUAAGUUAGGUACGUUCAGAAACCGUUCGCCCACCGGUGAUUCUCCAAUCACUAAGACGCGAAAACCGGACCGCAGCCCGUGCCAAGUAUCACAGCCACAAUCUCCUAAAUCUACCAAUACUUGGAAAAAUCGAAUGGCCAAACAAUUAAAAAAAAUACAGCAAGGAUCGGGGUCGCCGGUAUCACCGAUUAUGCCCACACUACCGCCACCCCCGGGCACUGCAAUCGGCAUACCUCUGGAACUUUGUCCGCCGUCGACGCGUUCCGAGUUUGUACCAUUAAUAGUAGAAGUAUGCACAUCAAUCGUUGAAGAAAAAGGGUUAGAUAUCAUCGGCAUAUACAGAGUACCUGGUAAUACGGCUGCUAUUACUUCACUAACAGAAGCGGUCAACAACGGUGGUAUGGAAACCCCAGAUAUGGCCCUUAAACUUCUACAACGAGAUCCCCGGUGGACAGAUGUUAAUGUAAUCUCUAGCCUAUUAAAAUCAUUCUUUAGAAGACUUCCCGAUGCUCUACUAACAACUGAAAUGUAUCCACACUUCAUCGAGGCUGAUAAAAUUGAUGAUCCUGUUCAACGAAUGGUUAAAUUGCGUGAACUAGUUCAUAAACUGCCAGACCACCAUUUUGAGACUUUAAGGUAUUUGCUGAUGCACCUCAAGAAAGUUGUUCAUCAUAGCGGGGUCAACAAAAUGGAAGCACGUAACUUGGCUAUUGUGUUUGGCCCUACUCUAGUUCAUUCUGCUGAUGAUAACAUGGUUACUAUGGUCACAGAUAUGAGUCAUCAGUGCCGCAUUGUGGAAUCGCUAAUAUUACAAGCUGAUUGGUGUUUUGGCAACGGAGAUGUGGUAGAUCUUACAGCAUCCAUACCUGAAAAUUGUGGACAAGUUCCAGAAAUUGAACAAACUGCUCCAAAUCAAAAUCUUUUGGAUAACAUCAACAAAGUUUCUGGCAAUCAGUACACGCCAUUUAUGGCCAAAGACCUUGUGACCAAUAUUGUUGCUGCAGCUAAUCGCAAAAUGCAUCGAGCUACUGGCAAAAAUUCAAAUACAUCACGAAAGUCUCGUACCAACGUAACCAAUAAUAUAGUUCCUCAUAUUAGUGUACUUCCAAGUGCAUCUGAUAUUAAACACGAUGUGUCUAACAAAGAUAAAUUGAACAGCUCAAAAGCCAGUUCAGAGACCGUUUCAAGUACUAGCCUCAAUGAAUCUGAAGACAGUCUUGAUCACCUAACAACUAAUGAUCAAAGUUUAGAUUUACCACCACAAAGUAACGAUGGUGCUCCCCCUAUUAAGACUUAUGUCAACUUAGCUGAAACUACUCAAGAAAGAAUACGACGAUUUGAACAGGAAACAAAAGCAAUGCUUCAAAGAGAAAUUAAUAGAGGUCAAAGAAGAAGAGAGUAUUUUGGACUUGACGAGCCUGUUACUCAAGCAAACGAAGCAUUAAUGCUAGCUAAAGAUUAUUCACCAGUCAUGGUCAAAGUAUCCAAAGGAACAACCAAUGGAACUAAUGAACAAUCAAAUGACUCAGACUUAAAAAAUAAUCAGAAACGAUUAAAAACUAGUAUUGAGAGUACUGAUGAAUGGUCAGUAGAUUCACUCAGUGAUGGUUUAAGAAUAUCCAAUGAACGUCCUAUAAGUCACGCAUCAGAUGAAGGAGGGGAUUUAUUGGUGAGCCUGACCUCCGCUUUUGACAAAAAACUUAAAUCCCUUUUAAUACCCAGUGACUCUGUGGAUGUUGAAGAGAAGCAGCCAGUGGCUAUAUCAAGUGAUGAACAAACAGAUGUGCAGACUUACAGAGAUCCAAGCUUACAUAGAUCAUUGGAAAGGCGCAGCCAGCAUAUAACCGAAAAACAUGAAAUUGAAACCAUGAAAGAUUCAACUAGUGAAUCAAUGAAAGAUUCUUCAAAAAUUGAUAAUUUUGAAUGUCUUCAAGACAUCAACACCAACCCAAAUGUGCGUCUGCGUCGUUCCGAAUCAUUGAAACAAAAAGAAAACCGUCCAGACUAUGGAAAUCAUGUAAAACUACGUCGUUGUGAGUCACUGAAUAAACACGAAAGAUAUAUAUCUAAAUACACAAAGUUUGAGGCAAUGAUGCUGACAAAAAACGGUGACGCUUCCAAACACCGGCGAUCUGACUCCCUCACCAAGACGGAGAAGACCGAGUGCAACAUGAACAAGCGAAAACAAGGAUUGUCUAGACGCUGUAGUUCAUUGCGCGAUAAGGAAGCGCGCCAAAAACGUAAAAACGGUGUUACAACUGAUCGCAGCAUCAAGAGGCGGCAUACAGUGGGUGGUACAAAGGACUUUGAUAAGAUCACAUGGUUGGACAAUAAGGAAAGAGAAGAAUUAGAAAAAAGCUGCAAAGAUAGAAGAACCAGUUCACCAGACCUUAGUUGGGCUCGUGUUGUGGAUGGAAUAAAAGAAAGAGGUAUUAGACCCAGGAGCAUGGCCGACCCAAACUUUGUGUCUAAACUGUUGAAUGUACCUCUUGAGUCACAUGUUUGACAGUAAAUGUAUUUUCUAAAAAAAUUGUUUUGAUCUCAUUUGUCCUAUCGCUUAAAUGUGCUCAUACCCUCCCCUCAUGUUUUCAUCAUUCAAAACUUGUGCUCAUCCCUAUCAUUUCUAGGUUGUCAAUUACCCUAUUAUGCUUUAAAGUUUGGUAUGUUUUUAAAUAUCAACAUUGUUUUAUAGUCUUGAUGAAGUAUAAUUUGUUUUUAAAAUAUAAUAUAUAAA